AUGGAUCCGGCGGCCACGAACAACACCAUCAACGAGUGGCUGGCGAUGGUCAGCCGGCUCAACAUCAGCAAUAGCAAUCUGAGCGAAGAAAUGAUGACCAAGAUCGCCGCCUCGGUCCUGAACGCAACCGUCGAGGAUCUCGACGAGCGUUCACUUUCGGAGAAGAUCACGAUGACUAUUCUUUACAGCUUGAUAUUCAUAACGGGAGUCGUAGGAAAUAUCGGCACGUGCCUCGUGAUCGCCAUGAACCGCUAUAUGCACACGGCGACAAACUAUUACCUGUUCUCGCUGUCGAUCUCAGACCUGUUGUUGCUCUUGCUCGGUCUACCGAACGACACCAUCCUGAUAUGGGCUCCCGAAUCGCAAUUCGGUUGGACAUUCUGCAUAACGAGAGGCUUUCUCUCGGAAACAGCGACCGAUGCGUCCAUUCUCACCAUCACGGCGUUCACCAUCGAACGGUACGUGGCCAUUUGUCAUCCAUUACGGGCCCAUCGUGUCUCGACGCUCGAGCGUGCCGUCAAGACGAUCCUGCUGGUUUGGACAGCCGCCGCGAUCAGUGCCUAUCCGAUUGUGUCUCAAUACGGGAUCAAUGCCGAAGGCAUCUGCACGACCGUCUACCCGGUCGAGAAUCUGUUCCUCAUAUCGACAGUGUUGUUUUUUGUGGUGCCGCUCACCGUGAUUGUGGUUCUCUAUGUUCUUAUUGGAGUUCAGCUACGACGGUCUUCGUGUGCGGGGACUCGAAGGGACGUAUCGCCUGACGCGCGGCCCGACUACGAGAACGGCAGCGUCCGUUCGUGUAAAACGCCCCGACAUACGGGAGGCUCGAAGCGUGCCGUCGUCAAGAUGCUCGUUGCUGUGGUGAUAUCGUUUUUCGUCUGCUGGACACCGUUCCACGUUCAAAGAGUAUGGGCUCAAUCGUUGGCAGCAUCGAUGUCGCAAGACCCGACCGAAGAAUACAACAAGCAGUUAUUAGCACUAUACAUAAUCCUCAACCACGUGUCCGGCAUUUCGUACUACCUCAGCGCGACCGCCAACCCGAUUCUGUAUCAAAUCCUGUCUCUGAAGUUCCGGCAAGCUAUGCGCGACACGUUCGCGCGUUGCUGUUCAAAUUGUUGCUGCGGAUCACGUGCCGAGGAUCAAUCGUUCACGACAAGUCUUUUUAAUCACGCCGGCAUAAAUCGCAGUGGCUCAACUCGGGGCUCAUUCGGACCGAGUCGGAGUCCGAGCGCCCAGCACGCGUACAAUGCCAACGCUAGUAUGCUAGAACGCAGUGCGAGCACUCGCAGCAACAGCAAGCUCGUCGGACACAAUGAUCUUCUGCCGAGGAAAACCAUGACGGACUCGAACGGUCUACUGACCGUGGAUACGAAGAUUCCAAUACUUGCUAUCGACGACGGGAAUAAGGACAAGGAAAUCAGGGAGAAACUCAUUGUCGGCUCGAACAAGAGCGGCGGACCCCAGGUCAUAGUUACCACGGAGACUUGAAGCAAGUCAUCUUCGUGUAGCGCCGACGACAUCAUCA